UGCAUUUGCGCAUGGCGGUCUGCUUCCUGCGGCUUCCAGCGGCAUGGAUCCUAGCGGGGCCACACGUGGCUGUCACAACACGACCAAAAACGACCAAGAAUCGGAGCUGGACGACGACGUAACACCCUCAAAACUUGGAACGAAGGAAUACUGGGAUGUUGCCUACCAAAGAGAGCUGGAGACCUUCAAAGACAUCGGGGAUGUUGGUGAGAUAUGGUUUGGCGAAGAGAGCAUGGGUCGUGUGAUCAAGUGCCUGGAGAAAGAAAACGUCCCGGCAGAUGCUGCCAUACUUGAUAUUGGAACGGGAAAUGGCGUUCUUCUUGUCGAAUUGGCCAGAUGUGGAUUCACAAACCUUACUGGAAUAGAUUACUCUGCAGCUGCAGUGGAACUUGCGAGAAAUGUACUGGAGCAGGAGGGUGUGUCCAACGUGAAGGUCGAGGUGGUGGACUUUCUGAGCCCGGCUGUGGACCUGACAGGGUUUGACUUGUGCAUUGACAAGGGCACAUUCGAUGCCAUCAGCCUGAACCCAGAGGAUGCUGCGGGGGCGAAAGCGCACUACCUGAAUGCCCUGAAGGGGGCGCUCCGAGAGGGAGGGCUCUUCAUCAUCACUUCCUGUAACUGGACCAAGGAUCAGCUUCUGCACAUGUUCAGCCAGGGGUUCGAGUUUCUGCGAGAGCUGCCCACUCCCAGUUUCCAGUUUGGAGGCAGAACUGGAAACAGUGUGACUGCGCUGGUCCUGAAGCGUGUGCACUGACCACCAAAUCCCUGUGUCACAGCCGUCAGCCGUUUCCAUGGGUUUCUGAGUAACAAAGCCUAAGUGAAGAAAUCAGAGGCACUCAUUCACUCAGGAACAGCUGAACAGUCACCCUGACCGAAGCCACCCAAACUCUUUCUCUCUCUUUUUUUUUCAUGAGCAUCUGUUGUGGUAAAAAAAAAACUCAUGGUGUGUCCAGUCACUAACAGGCUGAUUGAAAUUUAGAUCCACAUCAUGAACAAUCACUUUAGAUAUAUUUCUACUGUCUGACUGCCAUUUGUAAUCUGUAUCUUUACGAAUUGAUAUGUUUUUUAGUAGGGGAACCAGCAUACUUCUAGCAGUAUGCUGGUGUUGUGUGUGGUAACACUAUCCUGCUUGAGUGAUUUAAUCAAAAUGCAAAUUUAAGUAACCGAGUAGGUGUUCUCAGCAAGACUUAAUAUUACUGAACAGUGUGACUGUCUGCACCUGAAAAUGCCCCCUGCUCAGCUGAGAACCACACAGAGAGAGGCCGAUCACUGCCGAACCGGGAAUAUACGUUGAAACACCCAUGGAGUGAGAAGAAACUCUCUCUCUCUGUAAUUGUGCUCUCUUGUUGUGUCUUAAAAAGCACCAGCAGUGUCAGUGAUGACUCAGGAGGCAAUACUACCAGGUAUCCCUUUACAGGUCUUGGGAAGAUCUUAUCAAAGCUACGCCCUCAGCCUCUGCUGCCUGCAGUAGCCAGCCGGGCAGGGACGGUGCUUGAGCAGGGGACAGCUGUGCUGGGACAGUAGGUGGUAGUGUUGACUUCCAUGUUGUGUUCCAUCCUUCUUGUUGCAGUAGUGUAAGAAGGCAAGCUCUUUGCAGUUAACAGCAUCUCAGUCUUCCUGUUUUGAUUCUGCUGUGGCAAAGGUUUUACAUUAUUCUGUCACUGGUGAUGCUUCCCAAACUUCCUUUUUUUACUUCCUUUUUGUGAUUGACUGUGCUGAAAAUCCUGCAGGCCUCUUUCCUCAAGAGAUAACAGCCUAUAAGCUGCUGUAAGUGAGGAAUGGAUUGGCAUGGGUAAGAAAGGGGUUUCUCACAUGACUAAAAUGGCAAAGAAUGAUUUAGGGCUUUAUUUUUAAACACAAUCACAUGUCUGUUUAAAAAUAAACCACCAACACAUGAAUUGAAUACUUUUGCAGCAUUGCCAUUCAGAGGAAUCCAGCAGUUUGACUUUUUUUUCCAACAUGUACUGCGUACUAUGUCCAAGGGUUGUCACAAGUAUGUGAUACCUCAAGAACCAACACCCUUCAACACCCUACUGCUCUGAGCUCAAGGACAGUGUGCUGAGUAGGAUUCUGAAGCAGGCAUGAAAGGGUCCGAUUGUACAGAUCCUAGUUCCAGAAAUGACCCCUACCCUUCUGUUCUGUGAAAUGUACACCAUGGAGCCAUCCUGGAAGCAUUGUGAUUUUGGUGCCUGAGAGAACACCCAGUGACUUUGUGCAUCUCAGAAUG